GCCAGGGCAAACGUACGGAGCCCCAAGAAACAUGCGAGCCAUGAUCCAGUUGGGUUUGGCAACGACAGCGAUGCCACUGUCAUGGCAGCUCGACAAGUGCACGACGGCAUAGCCGAUUUGGAACUCGUCCCAUCAUGUUCCAUCGAGUCUUGAAAAUGGACCCGGAGUUCCUUGGCCCGCGGCUGGCGUCGGCUGCCAAACCAACCCAUCCGCCCGAACCAGAACCAUCACAGCAGUCGCGCCCACCGCGCCGGACCGACUCGGUCACGUCCUCGACAACGAAUACGCCCGACCAUGCGUGGCCUUCCGUGUUCGACCACGACGCUGUGACGAUGACCGACAACGACCUUCUCUGUCGUGGCCACGCCAUCGCGACGUACGUCCUGGACAAGUGCCGCUUCUACCCAGCCAACGUCGUCGACGCGCAGCCCAAGUGCCUCACGGUUGUCACGACGAUUAUCGUACCUGGCACGCUGAACGAAGUGCUGGACGUGUUCUCGCGCGACCCGCAGCUUGGCUUCCAAGCGUUCCUUCUACGUGUGUUCCAAGACGCUCUCACGGAAGCCAUGUCUGUGCGCCGAGUUACGCCAGGGGUUCUGCGCCAGUCCUCGCGCGACGACAGCACCCCCGACGAGUUCCCGCCUCCGGGAGGUAGCGCCACCGGUCCCGACGACUUCGCCGGGUGCACCGCGUCCAUAAAAGCGCUGAAACUUCACGAAAAGCGCCUCUUCCGCACGUCUCGGCACGACCUCCACAUGCUCGACUUUGUCCGGAAACUGUCCGACGUCGCGUUCAUUCGGGCGUUCAAAUCGCUCGACUUCCGACGAACGGACGACAGUGCCAAAGCCACACGCUGUUUGACCAACAUCUUGUUUGGUUUCCACAUGGCCGAGGUGCACGCGGGCGGCGUCAAGGUUACGUACUUCGGCCAACACGUUGGCAAAAAACACGCGUUCGCGCACGCGAUGCUGCAUCAACUCGCGGGGUCGGUGAGUCUGUUGGCGACGGCGGUGUGGCGCCGCCGGCUUGUGCGCCUCUCUAUAGCGACUCCGGACCACACGACGUGCACGGCGAAUCGGUGCCACCUCUGCAGCCACAACUUGUAUCGACGAAUGCCGACCGAGUGCCGGUUGUGCAACCGGGCCGUGUGCACCAACUGCUCGAAGGUGGAGCGCGGCGAAUCUGCUCGCUGCGUCGAGGUCGACCUACGCGUGUGCAACGUGUGCCUUGCGCAAUGCCAGGCGAACUUGAUCUUGACCAACAAGGCAGGGGCCUCCUCGAAACCCCGCCACCAUCGACACGGCGACGCGGUGGAACAAGACGACGUCAACGAUGAGCAUGGCGCCCUUCCUCGAAUUAGCGAAGUCCUCUGCACUGGGCAAGUCCGUCAUCGAGGGUACAGCACGGCCAAGUCCACGACCGUGCCUCCCCAGCCCAUUGUGUCCGCCCGACGCGACCUGAGCGGCGUGCGCGCGUUUUCGACGCCCCGCGGGGCCUCAGGUCACUACGUUGCCGCACCCUCUUCUGUAACACCCCGCCAACACCCCGUCGCGACCCCUCGAAAUGACGGCGUCAGUUUGGUCCACCAUCACGCUCCGCAGUUCACACCGCGUCAUGUUCUUAACGAGGCAUCCGUGCCUCGGAAAGGGGAUUCGACGACAGCAGCUGCAUCGCGCCAACAAGCCUCCCACGCGCCAGCGGAGAGUGCCCGUCAUGGUGGCCUCGAAUCGAUCCUGGUGACCCCACAGGCGGAAACCCUACGGCAAAACGCGUUCUCCAACGCGGAGCUCCACGAGCGGCUCGAGAAGCUGUGCGUGUCGCUGGCAGGCGCUUUGGAUUGCCACCACGCGUACGUGAGCCUUCUGUACAAGGGUGGGUUUGUCAUGAAGGCGACGUCCGGCAUGGCCCCGUCCUUCCGCAUCGCUCGAAAGGAUGCGUUCAACGUGGCGACGCUUGAAAAGGGCACGACCCCCCUCGUCGUCCCCGACGCGACCGUCGACCACCGCUUUAACACGUCUAUCCGAGUGACGGGACGGGAAUGCAUCCGAUACUACGUUGGGCUGACAUUGAUCACGUCGGAUGGAAUUGAGCUCGGCACCGUCGGCGUUAGCGACGGACUCCCCCGUGCUCGCUUUGACGCGACACACCGCCGCCUCUUGCACUGGUUUGCUUCGACGAUUGUAGACGAAAUCGAACAGUGCUGCCGUUGAUGGCGUCGACGAAGUAGACUCUAGAAGCAGCAUUUGGCUGUGUACACUUAACUUAUCAAACACUUCAUCAUGUCGUUGUGUGCGCGUUGUGGUGAGAAUGGGGCUUGAUCUCGCUCGCGUGUGCA